AUUAGUGCGCGCGGGCCAGAGGUUGAACACGACAUGCCUCCUUUUGAGAAAACGCAACUCACCCCCAAACCUUUUAAACAGAGGAAGAGCUUAGUAACGAGGAAACACGAGGUGGCGGGAAUCCGAACCAAGUUUCCGACCAAAAUCCCGGUGAUUAUUGAGCGAUAUCAGCGAGAGAAGUACUUGCCGCCUCUGGAUAAGACCAAAUUCCUCGUUCCUCAGGAGCUCACCAUGACACAGUUCGUCACCAUCAUCAGGAAUCGAAUGACCCUGAUGCCCAGUCAAGCUUUCUACCUGCUGAUCAACAACUCUGGCAUCGCCAGCAUGUCCCUGACCAUGGCUCAGCUCUACAAGGACCAUAAAGAUGAAGAUGGGUUCCUAUAUAUGACGUAUGCCUCACAGGAAAUGUUUGGAAACUGUAUGGAGCACAAUAAUCGGUGAAUGUUUUUGGGAGGGUUUUUGCAGGUUUUUGCAGAAGUUGCGCUUAUUUGCUACACAACUGUGAUUUAUUUAAAGUUUUGUAUAUAGUGUUCACUUUUUAGAUUUAUGAUAUUCCCUUUUGUAAUGAAUUGUUCUGUUUUAAUUGCCCAAGUAAUAAAUAGUCUUUAAUUCUUGCCGGCAACAUAAGUCACUUGUGCUGCAGAACUGUCCUCAUAUGCCUGAAAAAUAAAGUUUGUCAAC